GCCAUUAUCAAGAGACAAAGAGGGGCGUUCAGUUGCUUAGAUAUACCAGAAGCAAAGGCGCAAAGCCCACGUGUAUAUCUGCCCAUUACAUUUAAUUGUACACAAAUUGUUGGCCUCAUUUUGUUAGUGCAAGAUAUUUAAGUACUAACAGUUAUUAAAAAGUGCAAGAAAUGGUUUUACGUGUAGAAACUGAUGCAAAUAACGUCCCAUUCGUGCAAUUAGGUAAACAUAAAUUGAGGCUUGAUUUGGAAGAUUUAGAUGAAUCGUUUAAAGAACGUGCCAAAGAAGAGUUGGGAGAAACACCUGAAGUGGUAGAACGUUCACUACGUCAGUUCAAAAAAUAUGUAUCAGGUGAAACUCAGCUUUUUGUACCCAUAGAUGACGAAGAUUUUCUAUUAAAGUUCCUAAGACCCUUUAGAUUUAAUCCAGAAAUAGCUUUUAAAGUGUUUAAAAAGUUCUACAAGUUUAAGCUGAUAUAUCCAAAGUAUGGUUUGAAUUUAAUGCCGAAUGAGGUCAGGAAAGUUUUCGACAAUGACGUAUUUUUAUUUUUACCAGCAAGAACACCAUCAGGUUCAAGAAUAAUGUUAAUAAAUGGGGGAACUAAAUGGAAUCCCAAACUUAUUACUCUGCAGGACUUGUUUAGAACAGUUAUGGUUGCUAUAGAAAUGGGUAUGAUGGAACCGAAAACACAAGUAGCUGGGGUUGAGGUUAUACUUAAUAUGGAAGGAUUGUCAUUAAGUCAUGUUGCGCAGUUUUCACCUUCUACGGCUAAGUUAAUGGCAGAUUGGGUACAAGAAUGCGCUCCUGUAAGGUUAAAGGGCAUCCAUGUCAUUAAUCAGUCUAAACUCUUCAAUAUCGCGUACGCAAUUUUUAAGCCUUUUAUUGGAGAAAAACUGAGAGAAAAACUAUAUUUUCAUGGAUCCGACAGAAAAGUGCUUACUGAAAAAUUAUCUAAAGAAGCUUUACCCAAGUCUUUAGGAGGAUGUGAAAGUAGUUUGGAAUACCCAGGAUACUUACUGUCAGAGAUGAUGUUCUAUUACGAAAAAACUUUUGAAAGGCACAACACAUAUCGGUAUAUAACAGAAAAAGUAAUUGACCAAUAGAUUUCUUACGCUGUCCACUUGCCAGGCCGAUCCAUCAUUAAAAUUCAAUCUUAAAAAGAAACAA